CCCAGAGCCUCACACAUGCAGUUCCCCGCCGGCCUGCGGGGGCGCUGUGCGCGGCUCCCAUCUUCCCUCGGAGGCGCCGCGUGCCGUCGUUGCGUGACGUGUGUGCGUUUGGCGCGCGCGGCGGCCCGUACUGUGGAGACUGCUGGCCGGAGCGGUGGCGGGAUGGCGGGCGCGGGGCUGGUGGCGCAGGGCCUGAAGGAGGCGCUGGUGGAGACGUUGACCGGCAUCCUGUGUCCGGUGCAGGGCGUGCGUGCGGCCGCAGAGGAGCAGGUGAAGGUGCUGGAGGUGACCGAGGAAUUUGGCGUUCAUUUAGCAGAACUGACUGUAGAUCCCCAGGGAGUAUUGGCCAUUCGUCAGAGUGAACUGAUACAUUGUGAAGGGCAUGAUUCAGUCCUCAUACUGUCUCCGGAUACAGCCUUGUUAAUCUGUUACAGAAGUGCAGAGACAAUGUUAGCAUCUGUAAUUUUGAAACAAUAUGUGGAGACUCACUGGUGUUCCCAGUCAGACAAGUUUAGGCAUCCAGAGACCACAGAAAGGGCAAAAGUUGCCAUAAGGGAGCUGUUACCCAAUGGACUGAGAGAAUCUAUUAGUAAAGUGCGAUCAAGUGUUGCCUAUGCAGUUUCAGCCAUAGCCCACUGGGACUGGCCUGAAGCUUGGCCCCAGCUUUUCAACUUGUUGAUGGAGAUGCUGGUUAGUGGUGACCUGAAUGCAGUGCAUGGAGCCAUGAGAGUACUUACAGAGUUUACCCGCGAAGUGACAGACACACAGAUGCCACUUGUCGCUCCUGUUAUUCUUCCUGAGAUGUACAAAAUUUUCACGAUGGCAGAGGUGUAUGGUAUUCGCACCAGGUCACGUGCAGUAGAGAUCUUCACCACAUGUGCCCAUAUGAUCUGUAACAUGGAGGAGUUGGAGAAGGGUGCAGCCAAAGUCCUGAUCUUUCCUGUAGUGCAGCAGUUCACAGAGGCCUUUGUUCAGGCCCUACAGAUGCCUGAUGGCCCUACAUCUGACAGCGGAUUUAAGAUGGAGGUCUUAAAGGCCGUGACAGCCCUAGUGAAGAACUAUCCUAAACACAUGGUUUCCUCCAUGCAGCAGAUCCUGCCGAUUGUUUGGAAUACACUUACAGAAAGUGCAGCCUUCUAUGUGAGAACAGAAGUGAAUUAUACAGAAGAGGUAGAGGACCCUGUGGAUUCUGAUGGUGAAGUGUUGGGCUUUGAAAACCUAGUGUUCAGCAUAUUUGAGUUUGUACAUGCCUUGUUGGAAAAUCACAAAUUUAAAAGCACAGUGAAGAAAGCUUUGCCAGAGCUGAUAUAUUACAUCAUUCUCUACAUGCAGAUCACAGAGGAGCAGAUAAAAGUCUGGACUGCAAAUCCACAGCAAUUUGUGGAGGAUGAAGAUGACGACACUUUUUCCUAUACAGUAAGGAUUGCUGCACAGGACUUGUUGCUGGCUGUAGCUGCUGAUUUCCAGAAUGAGAGUGCAACUGCUUUGGCUGCAGCAGCUACGAGACACUUACAGGAAGCUGAGCAGGCUAAAAACAGUGGUGCUGAGCAUUGGUGGAAGAUACAUGAAGCUUGUAUGUUGGCACUGGGCUCUGUGAAAUCUGUUAUUACAGACAGUGUGAAGAAUGGUAGAAUUCAUUUUGAUAUGCAUGGAUUCCUGACAAAUGUUGUUCUUGCAGAUCUCAACCUGUCAGUGUCUCCUUUUCUGCUUGGUCGUGCUCUUUGGGCCGCCAGUCGCUUCACAGUUGCUAUGUCUCCAGAAUUAAUCCAGCAAUUUCUGCAGGCCACAGUCAGUGGUCUACAUGAGACCCAACCUCCUUCAGUCCGGAUCUCUGCAGUCAGAGCUAUCUGGGGUUACUGUGACCAGCUGAAGAUCUCUGAAAGCACCCAUGUAUUGCAGCCUUUCCUUCCCAGUAUCCUGGAUGGACUGAUCCACUUGGCAGCUCAGUUCAGUUCAGAGGUCCUCAAUCUUGUGAUGGAAACACUCUGCAUUGUCUGUACAGUAGACCCAGCAUUUACAGCAAAUGUGGAGAACAAAAUCUGCCCCUUCACCAUAGCAAUCUUCCUGAAGUACAGUAAUGAUCCUGUUGUUGCCUCUCUCGCACAAGAUAUCUUUAAGGAGCUAGCACAGAUAGAAGCCUGCCAAGGUCCAAUGCAGAUGAGACUAAUCCCAACUCUCGUCAGCAUCAUGCAGGCUCCUGCUGAUAAGAUUCCAGCAGGGCUUUGUGCAACUUCUAUUGAUAUAUUAACCACUGUUGUGAGGAAUACGAAACCUCCUCUUUCCCAGCUCUUGAUCUGCCAAGCAUUCCCUGCGGUGGCUCAGUGCAGCCUGCACACGGAUGACAAUGCUACCAUGCAGAAUGGUGGUGAGUGUCUGCGUGCAUACGUCUCAGUAGCACUAGAACAGAUUGCACAAUGGCAUGAUGAGCAAGGCCACAAUGGGCUGUGGUAUGUCAUGCAGGUGGUGAGUCAACUCCUGGAUCCACGGACCUCAGAGUUCACAGCUGCUUUUGUGGGCAGACUAGUCUCCACACUGAUUUCAAAAGCAGGAAGUGAGCUGGGAGAGAACCUGGACCAGAUUCUGAGAGCAAUCCUUAGCAAAAUGCAACAAGCAGAGACACUCAGUGUAAUGCAGUCCUUGAUCAUGGUAUUUGCUCACCUGGUUCACUCCCAGCUGGAGCCCUUGUUAGAGUUCCUGAGUAGUCUCCCUGGGCCAACUGGCAAGCCUGCUUUGGAAUUUGUAAUGGCUGAAUGGAUGAGUCGGCAGCAUUUGUUCUAUGGACAAUAUGAAGGCAAAGUCAGCUCUGUAGCGUUGUGUAAACUCCUCCAGUAUGGUAUCAACAGUGAUGACAAGCGCCUGCAGGACAUUAGGGUGAAGGGUGAAGAAAUAUUCAACAUGGAAGAGGGAAUACGCACACGAUCCAAAUCAGCCAAAAAUCCUGAACGCUGGACAAACAUUCCAUUGUUAAUAAAAAUCUUAAAAUUAAUAAUAAAUGAACUUUCUAAUGCAAUGGAAGCAAAUGCAUCUCGCCAGACAGCUGCAGACUGGAGUCAAGAUGACUCCAAUGAUAUGUGGGAAGAUCGGGAGGAUGAAGAGGAUGAAGAUGAAGGUUUAGCUGGACAACUUUUAUCAGAUAUUCUUGCCACAAACAAAUAUGAUGAGGAUUACUAUGAUGAUGAAGAGGAUGAUCCAGAUGCAUUAAAGGACCCCCUUUAUCAAAUAGAUCUACAGGCCUAUCUCACUGAUUUCCUGUGUCAGUUUGCACAGCAGCCUUGCUAUGCAAUGUUCUCAGACCAUCUCAAUGAGAACGAGAGAAGAGUGCUUGAGGCCAUUGGCAUAUGAACCGUGCAGAGACCAUAUUGAUCAUAUCUGGACAAUAUUUUUCUGGCUUAUUCCAUGUUUUGUGAUUAAACAUGAAACUUUUUCCAGUGUUCACCUAUUGUUACAGAUGUGAUCUUCCUCAUCACGAAGUAUUGAGCCUUGUCUUAUCAUGACUCUGUUAAGGGAAGGAUUAUUGAGAAAGCUCCGAAGACUGAGCUUUGCACUCUGCUCUCACCAAGGGAACACUUUUGUUUUUCACAAAAAGCUUUCUAGGAGGUCCUUAAAAUAAUGUGUCCUUAAAUAUUUUUUAAAAUAAACUUUAUAUUUGCCUCUGAAGAGCCACAUAACUGAGUUUCACAAACACGGUUGGACAGAACGAGGAAGGAAUCAGGUCUUUUGUAGGUUGCUUGGAUGUGUUUUGAGACUUUGGAAGUUUUGUCCCUCUUCGCACUUGCAUAACACAUACAGGGUAAAUAUCUUCAUCUUACCAUGUGACUUUUUUAUAGAACUAUAGAUACUUUUAUCAAAGAGAUGCCUAAAUGGUAUGGAAUCUGUUUACAAGAGUUUGGAUGGGAAGCUGAAAUAAAAUUAAAUGAACAUCUUGUUUUGUACUGUGGGUGAGGGCUUCCAUCUAGUCUCUAACAUUGCAUCAGUUCUUUGCUAAAGCUUUUGCAUGCACAUGCUGAAAGGAAGCUACCAUUUAAAUCUCAAUUCUUGUGGAAUGUGGCUACUGAAGACUGGUUUUACUGAACACAAACAACCAUAAUUUUUUACCAAAAAAAAGUGUAUAUUUAUCAUUCUCUUUACUCCAUAAAAACAAUUAUCUGAAAUAUUUUGCUUCCUUCACACUCCUGAGACUUGUAUGAAGUGGGUAAGCUAUAGUCCACAAAUUAGUAUGUGUAUUUUUAUAGGGUGGUAAAAUAACAUUACAAACUGAUUUAUCCAUAAGUACAUAGUGAUGUAUCUCACAACACCUCUUUGCCUUUUGUUCCCUGUUGGGGAAAAUGAAAAUAAAACUACUAAAAUAUA